AUGCUGCGCCGAGGAGCGGGCGCCCUGGGCUCCCGGCUCCCGGCGACCGCAGCGCGCUGCCUCCGCCGCCCGCUGCCCGCGGCGAGGACCGACGAGAAUUGGGGACUCGUGGAAGGGGGGAGACUCUUUAAAGUGCGUCAGAGGGAGGCGAGCGCCUGGGAACCCGGAGGCCUGGAUCCCGGCCCAGAGUGGAACGGAGUCGGCGCCGCUGCCCCGGCCGUGCCUCCAGCCGCCCGCUCGGCCGCGGACCUCUCGGUGCCUUCGCCCGUCGCUCCGGGCCAGCUCCCUCGCUCCCUCGGCGCCCACUGCGGCUUCUCUCCUCCUCUUUCGCCUCCUCCGCUUCCCUCUUCUCCUCCUCUUCCUCGUUCUUCUCCUCCUCCUCUUCCUCCUCCUCUUUCCCCACCUCCUCCCCCUCAGCCACCGCCUCCUACUGUACUAACACCACUCCCUCCGGGGCACCCAGGUCCCCGCAGAGUCUUUGGCCCGCGCUGCCUUUGCUGCAGACCCCUGGAUCCUAAGCCUGCCGGGCGGGAGCUGCUAGGACUGAAGCACCGACGGAUGCGCAGAUUUCUUCACGCCCUGAGCUCCGCUGCGGCUGUCCUCUGCCGCCCGGAGUCCGGGUCACUGAGACGUUUUCGGGAGUCCGGAGAGGGUUUCUCAUCUGAAAAAUGGAAUAGCAUUGAGAUGACUCCAAGAAAAGUUGCAACCUACAACUGUGAAGCUCCACUUACAGACGCCACUUUCUCCCCUUGGAGACAGAUCUCUACACUGUUAGGCACCAGCCAUCCCCAUGUGUAUACCAGCCAGAAGUCAUCAUGCAACAUGGUUCUUGCCAAGGAGAUGUCAGCUGGAGACUGAAAAGCUUUCAAAAGGGCACAGAUUAGAUUGCUGUAGCCAAUCCACAUCUCUUUUCCUCCCUUUCCUGGUCUAGAAUGGGUAUGUGAUGUCUGGAGCUUCAGCAGCCAUACCACACCACAAGUCCAAUUUGAGAUCGAGCGUCAGCCAUGGGCUCAGGGACAGGAGGGACAGUGAGGGAGCCUGGAUCUCUUCUCCCAGGCUGCACUGUGGGGCUGCCCUACCAAACCUGGACCACCUGCCUCUAGAAUUCUUGUUGGCAAAUAAAUGAAUAACUAAACCCCUUAA